UCAGAAUCGAUCAGAAUGACAAUACUACUCAAAUCUUCCUCGUUCAAACCUAUUCCUUCAUCAUUGGUUUCCUCAAGACCUAUCUUCCGACGUUCGAGUACUGAGGAGACGGAGCCCAAAUAUAAGAAUGUGUGCGAAAAAAUCAAAUCCAAACAUAAGAAAGAUGAAUCGACAACAGAGACAAGCAAAACUCCCAACAAUAUGUCCAAAUUAUACAAGCAAGGAGAAUGGCGACCGUACUCUCCAUUUCAGGAUACUAAAAACUGGGCCGAAUGGACUGUGGCAAGAAUGGACGAUUUGAUCAAUUGGGGAAGAAGCAGGUCCUUGUGGCCGAUGACCUUUGGCUUAGCUUGCUGUGCAGUCGAAAUGAUGCAGUUUGCUGCUCCUCGAUAUGACAUGGACAGGUAUGGUGUCGUGUUCCGGGCGUCUCCUCGCCAAACCGACGUCAUCAUCGUAGCGGGAACGCUCACCAACAAGAUGGCCGUGGCCUUCAGGAAGGUCUACGACCAGAUGCCGGAACCCAAAUGGGUGAUCUCGAUGGGCAGCUGCGCCAAUGGCGGAGGAUACUACCAUUACUCCUAUUCCGUGGUCAGGGGGUGCGACAGGAUCGUGCCAGUGGACAUAUACGUUCCCGGUUGUCCACCGACUGCUGAAGCGCUGCUGUACGGGGUGCUCAUGUUGCAGAGGAAGGUGAAGCGGAUGAACGCCGUACAGACUUGGUAUAGGAAGUAGAAAUCUUUAAUACUGUGUUACCGAGAUGAGGUCUCGGAAAACGGGAGGAGAUACAAAUCCGAGGAAUGAAAAAAAAGAUGCGCAUCCCGAUUAGAUUAGAAUAUAUUCAAAGAGGGGCCUUUGGGCUAUCUGUCUCCAUACCGCAACCUUCUCAGAUCUCUUGUGUCUGCCCUCAAAUUCGUUUGAAGUUCUUCAGCUAGCCCUGCCUUCUUUAUGAGGCUCCAUAAGCUAGCUUCCAGAUCCCCUGUGUAUCUAUGGGCUCUCGGUUUUCACUCUUUCAGAGUAAGGAACCAUAGUCUUGACAAGCACAGUCGCAAAAUAUGUGUACUGCUGUUUCCUCCUCUAUCCUAUCGUACUCAUAGGUUUGUUGAGCCUACAAUGCCAUGUUAGAAGACCCAAUACGAUGCCAACGGCCUCUGGAAAUUUUCAAAAUUGCUUGAAGUUGUUUGGUUAUAUCGAUCAAUUUUGUAUAUGUGUACGGCUGUUUCCUCCUCUACCUGAAAGAACCUGCACAGCAGUUCCUCAGCCAGGCCUAUCGUACCCAUUUGUUUGUAGAGGCUAAAAUGCCGUGUAAGAAGACCCAAUCCGAUACCAACGGCCUUCGGAAAAUUUCAAAAUCGUCUAGUUUUUCAGUUAUAUCGAUCAAUUUUAGGAAAAUCGAUUUUAUCUUCUUUCUACAUUGUUAUUAGAGAUACAAAGAUACCAAAAAUAGUUUCGAAUAGAAAAUUUUGAUGUGAUUUGACGUGUCGAUACAGAUUUUCCCUCACAACGUUUCGUAUUCGUAAAACCAUUAGGCGAUCGCGCUGGCCAUGGGACUCUAGAAUUAGUUUAUCAACUUAGGAAAUUCUUGUGAGAAUCCAUUAACAUAAAACAACUGAUAGCGCUGCAUUGAAUAAUUCAUGAAGUAUUUUUUUCAACUUGGUAUGAAAUAUUUACUUCAUCAAUAUUUGACACUGAAUGAUCAGGAAUAAGUGGAACUGAGGUUGGAGGAGGCUGAAACUGGUUCUCGUAGAGAAAUCUAUCACCACAUUAGAUCUCAUCAAAAGAUCAUAUGGGAAAAUAUGUUCAGUUUCUUGGUAUUUCCGAUGAUUAAGACAAAUAGAGAAUAGAUUUUCCACAAAUUCACUAUUUUCGGAAUAACUGAAAAACUAAAACUAAUUUAGAAAAUUCUCCAACGCCGUUGGUAUAACAUUUCGAAUGCGUAAUUUUUUUUCCAUCCAACUGAAUUCGUAUCUCCGUUUCCGAGAUCCCAAUGCAGUGCAACUUUAUCUUGGUUAUACUAUAUACUAUGAUUCAGAAGGAGUUCUAAAAUUUAG